AUGGCCGCCGCCGCCGCCGCCUCCCUCCCCGAUUGGGCGCUACUCGACCGCUUUAUCUUCUUGAGGGACGACACCUCCUUCCCCGCCGCCGAUCCCACCGCGGCGUCCUCCACCAACUCCUUGGGCGACAAGGGCAGGAGGCGCUGCCCCGUCGCUCUAUCGGCUCCCCUCCGUCUAUGGCACCUUGCCCGAGUUCUGGGCCAUGUUCAAGGGGGGUCCUUUCGCCACACCGACCAGAACCUGCGCCGGCUGGAGUGCCUGGACAUGGGCGUCCUGCGCCGCGGCGAGGACGACAUGGCCGUGGCGGAGCUGCAGAUCAUCAGGACUUCAGAGGAGCCCGAGCUGCACGUGCUCAUUCCGUCUAGUUCUGGGUCCAGCCGAUGGCAGUCCAAGAAGAUGCGCUUCAUCCAUGCUGCUGCUGAGCUAGACUUAGAGCAGUUCCUGUGGAAUUGGUCUGCCGACGCCGUCGUCCCGUUCGGGCGCUACUUGUGCUGGGUGGAUUACUGCCAAGGUGCCAUCUUGCUCUGCGACGUGUUCAAUGACAGCCCUGCGCUCCGCUACCUGGCAUUACCUGCCAAGCUGCCUGGCAUGUAUCGUCGUGGCUUUGGCAGUUCAUUGGCGGAUAUGUUCAUGACUGUGGGUGUUAAUGAAGAGAGUGGUGUUAUGAAGUUUGUCCGUGUUGUUGGUGGCAAUGGCAGGAUGAUUGGUUUAGAAUACAUCCCUGAAUCAGGCUUCGCAGCUGACUCUUGGAUAUUAGAGAUAACAGAAAAGGAUGAGAUGAUCUGGAAGAAAGGUGCUGCGGUCAGAUCAGAUGAUCUCUUGCUGUCUGAAGCCUUUGCAAAACUCCCUCCCAUGCCCUUGCAAUUCCCUCAUGUCAGCUUGAAUGACCCAAGCAUCGUCUACUUUGUGAAGGCAAAUCAUGGGCACGUGAUGGAUGGGAUUGAGUAUGAUAACACGUGGCUCGUGGCCAUUGACAUGCCAAACAAAACUGUCAAGUCAUCAUUUCAAUAUAUCAAGAAGGAAGAAAGCAGUUCUGAUGAGUACACCUCAAGUGGAAGAAGACGGGUGAGCUCCCUCACUUCCGCCCUGGUGGAGACCAGGUCACAGUUGGCUAACAUCCCUUGGGACCCCAUGUCUUCUAAGUGGGGCGCGAUGUCAAAGCCAGGUUCUCCGGUUGUCGUUCUGCAGGGAGGUGAUGAACGGAGGGGCGUAGCAUGUUGGGAGCCAGAGCUCGUGGUGGACCGUCGCUCGGAGGCUCCGCAACGUACCUUUGGCCCUAUGCUGGUUGAAGUCUGUCUACGCCCUGGGUCGCUGUCGGUGGGUGUGGCAGCCCCAGCCUCAUUGGGAGUGCUGGGGGCUCGUGAGAGCCCAGUACUUCAAGGUCUGGAUAAACCCAGGGUAGACGUCGAAAACUGUGGCGCGUUGGGGGCUGACAACGACACCACCUCCGCAUCUGGGCUCGGGCUGGAGGAUGACUACAGCCUGUGGCCGAGGAUAUGGAGGAAUCUUGGGCGCCCUCCACAGUUGUGA